CGUGCAGCGUACGCAGGCGCUUCGACUUCGGGGUUUGCUGAAGUAGGAGCGGUUGAGACGGAGGAACAGCGGUUGGAGCGGUGGUCGAAUUACUCGUCAGAGUUCAUAUUGUACAUCACUUUCGCGCUCUGUAACCUGUCCGUGCCCCUCAGCCCAUCCUGCAAAGCUACCACGGAUGUGCUGCUUGUGUCGGGAGUGUCCGAGCUAUUCCACUUUCAGCUGUUCACAACGUCCAAGGCUCGCCUGAGGUGUUAAAUAUGGGUUGAAUGCGAGCACUGCACUACCUUCAAGGGGAAAAAAGCCGCAAGAAAAAGCAAGACUUGCAUGUUGGUCGUCAGUCAUCCAAGAGAUGUGUAGCUUCAAAUGAGACCCUGUGCCGUGACUCCUCGAAAAUUUAUGAUGACUGUUAUACGAAAAUUUGUGAUGACUGUUCUAGUCACACUAUGGCUUGCAUCUGUUUGUGAGUCAGCAUUAGAAAAAUCUACACGAACAUCGACUCGGGCGUCAGCUAUGCAGAUAUCCAACAAUAGUUCGUCGAACGCAGCGGCCAACGUAACAAUGUCCAUAUCGAAUGGAACAGACAGCAAUGUUUCAACAGUUGCUGUGACAACAUCAGUCCUUCCUGCCCAGCCAGCAGAACCAGUUCUUCCACAGAAGGAAUCUGCUGAAGAAGAGCACCACUCCAGCAUGACUAUAUUCUUUGCACUCAGUGUUAUAGCGGUGUGCAUAUUGAUGAUUCACUUUUUGAUCCAAGCCAACUUCGAAUUCCUUCCUGAAAGUGUUGUUGUUGUACUCAUUGGUGCCCUGAUAGGCCUAUUUUUGAAGUUGAUCUCAAGUCAGCACCUUGGAAACUGGCAGAAGGAAGAGGCUCUCAGUCCAACUAUGUUUUUUCUGGUUCUGCUGCCACCCAUAAUCUAUGAAUCUGGGUACAACUUGCACAAGGGUAACUUUUUCCAAAACAUUGGCUCCAUCCUGGUAUUUUCUAUUGUUGGCACAACCAUCUCUGCACUGGUUAUUGGUGGCGGUGUUUACUUGCUUGGCUUGGCUGAUGUGGCCUACAGGCUGGACUUCACUGAAAGCUUUGCAUUUGGCUCUCUUAUUUCGGCUGUGGAUCCCGUAGCAACCUUGGCUAUCUUUCAUGCUUUGGACAUAGACCCAGUUCUCAACAUGUUGGUAUUUGGCGAGAGCAUUCUUAAUGAUGCUGUCUCUAUCGUACUUGCCACGACCAUUUUGGAGUCUGGCAGCCCAAGCAUGGUUUCUCUGACAACAGGGCAGCUUGUUCUACACGGCGUUCAACGCUUCUUUCUAGUUUUCUUCUGCUCUGCUGCAAUUGGAGUGGCCUUUGCCUUAGCAGCAGCUCUUCUGCUAAAAUAUAUAGACCUACGCAAGAAUCCCUCCCUUGAGUUUGGAAUGAUGUUGGUGUUUGUGUAUGCUCCUUAUGGGCUUGCAGAAGGCAUACACCUAUCAGGUAUCAUGGCGAUACUCUUCAAUGGUGUAGUCAUGUCUCAUUACACCCACUUCAAUUUGUCUUCAGUGACGCAAAUUACAAUGCAACAAACACUGCGGACUAUUUCACUUAUUGCUGAGACCUCAGUAUUUGCCUACCUGGGUCUUGCCAUAUUCAGCUACCGACUUAUUAUCAAGCCUUCUCUUAUAAUAUGGAGCAUUAUACUUUGUCUACUUGGACGAGCAGCAAACAUAUACCCAUUGUCCUUUCUAAUGAACUACUUCCGAGAGCACAAGAUUACCAAAAAGAUGAUGUUUAUCAUGUGGUACAGUGGACUCAGAGGUGCCAUUGCAUAUGCUUUGGCUAUGCAUUUGGACUUUGAUGAUGAGAAACGCCACGUGGUUGUAACAACAACACUCAUAAUAGUGCUCUUCACAAUACUGGUAAUAGGUGGCUCCACAAUGCCCCUCUUGAAGUUUUUAAAGGCAGACAAACAGACCACAAGAAAAAAGCGCCGAAGAGCACGGCAAGUCACUCUAAGCAAAACCAAAGAAAUGGGUCAAACAAUUGAUGCAGAGCAUCUAUCUGAACUGACAGAAGAGGAAUAUGAAGUCAACUUCAUGAAGAGUAACAUCAAGGGCUUCAUUUUGCUGGAUUUAAAGUACCUCAUUCCAUUCUUCACUCGCCGGUUUACCCAGAAGGAGGUGCAGGACGGCAAGAUCCAAAUGACUGACCUGACCAAUCAGUGGUACCAAGCCAUUCGGGCUCCCAUUGAUGAAAGUGAAAAUGAAGACUCUGAAAUCAAUGAAAUAGAAUAAGUCAUGAUGAAGGUUAGCCACCACUGCACAGACUGGUAUCAUGAUUAUCUUACCUUGGUGCCAUGGAGGUUCUUGUCAUAGAUCAAGUUGCCUGAACUUUGCAUAUGGUACUUGUAGCACUCUCUCAGCUGCAGCAGUGGUGAAGUAUCUUUUUUUUUUUGUUGUUGUAAUUUAGUGUACUGCCAGUUGGGGAAUUAAACAGCUGCAUCAGCUGCAUUGAGUAAUCGCUCCCCUCUAGUAGCAGCUAAAAGUGACUAUGUAGUUUUGAAGUGAUAAACCUUGUCUGAUCUAUAUAACACAUUAAAGAUGACUAUUCUCAGGUUCAUGUGUAAGAAAUAAUACCUGGAGAAUAGUGCACACAGUAGUUGCUUCCUAGAAAAAAAUCGCAGUGCAUGGUGUAACAGCGUUCAGCGUUUGUUAUUGUUUACAAUUUAUUUAAAUUAAAAGCCACUGCUUACAACUACUUCAAGUAGGCUGUAGUGUGAGCAGGGAAGUUUGAGGCAGUUUUACAAAAUAGAACAAAUUUUGUAGUUAUCAUUUCGUUUUUUUUUUUUUUCACCAUGCUAUUGCAGUAACAGUGAUAUUGCCUAAGAGGGAGGCAGUCGUCAUGUGUAUUUCACAGCAUAUUUAACCCAUCUAUGCUAUUGUUCAUUGCUGAUCAAACUUUUGCAUGAAAGCUUCAUCAUUUCUUGCAGGCCUGUUGUACUAGGUGUGAAAUAGGAAUGGUUUAUUUUAUUUUAUUUUAUAUGGUGUAACUUGGUGUAAAUGGCAAGUUUAUACAUUACAUAAUGCAUAAGAAGUUAUCAGUGGUAUAAACUGUCUCAGAUAGUUAUUGAAUACUUUGCAGAGGGAGUAUACUUGCAUAAACGAUUCAAAGGGAAGCAUUCAUAGGUGAUAUUUUCAUAGACAUUUUUGAGAAAUUGACAAAUUUAAGUGCUUAUGAUCAGUAAUUUUUACCUGCUCUGUAAUGAUUCCUCUUGGAGAGUGUUUUAUGUAAAUGGAUCUUUGGAAAGAAACAAACAAUUCUAUACAUAUGUGCAAACGCUUCAUGAAAAAUUUGCAUGUUCAAUUCUGUCGUCCUCUUUGAUCGCCUAGCUAGUAAAACGUAGUUCAGCAUGUAGUAAAACGUAGCUGGGCAUGGUAUUUUUCAAAGCAGCCUCAGUGCCAAGACUCUCGCUGCAUGUCUUGCAGUAAACAGUAUAUGUACGCCCUAUUAACCUCUUGUUCUAUCUUAUUAAUUGCGUCCAGAACAAUGGCAUAUGGCAUUUCCCAAUUCACUGAAAAGUCCUCAGUAUUACUAAAUCCAAGUAACUUUUCUCAUGAAAUAAAAG